ACGACGACGGUCCUCCUAUCAAAUCCGCAGCGCACCUCUUCUCCUCCUCGCUGGCGUCCUCGAUGCUCUACACGUCCGGGAUGCUGCUGGGCGUGUCGCUGCCCAGGAUCCCGACGGCGUGGGCCGUGCGCGUGCUGACGGGCUGGUGGUGGCUCUACAGCAUCCUGGUCGUGGUGGCUUACCGCGCCUCGCUCACCGCCAUCCUCGCCAACCCCGCGCCCAAGAUCACCAUCGACUCCCUGGAGCAGCUCGCCGACGCCCCGCUGGAGGUGGGCGGCUGGGGCGAGCACCAGAAGGACUUCUUUCUCACGUCCCUCGACGAGGCGGGGCAGAAGGUCGGCCGGAAGUUCGAGGCCCUGAUGGAGCUGCGCAAGCUGUACGGCGCGCUGGUGGCGCUGGGCGCGGGUUACCUGGUGUCGGCGCUGGCGCUCCUCGCCGAGGUGUCCUUCUACCGCGGCGUCGUCAUGCGGCGCCAGGGUUUCGACGUCUACGCGCUGGGCCGCAACGCCAACAGGAACCCCGCCGCCCCCGCGGCCGUCAAGCGCCGUGCAGCUGCCUGA